AUGUCCAAAGGGCGAAAGUAUAAAUCCUUUUUAGAAGAUGACCGCGUAAUUCCAAAUAAAAAACAUUGCAGAAGAAACAAGUACAAAAUAUUUCUGGAAGAUGAAGAAGAAGAAACUCCUCGGAACACCAGUGUGCGGAGAAAUACCAGAGAAAGUGCAAGCCUGUUAUCUGAGACACAUACAGAAGAGGAACAAGAAGGUACUGACUCUGAAUCUGAAGACACACAACUACUCUACAGAGAAGAUCCAGAUGACACAGCAGGUGUUGAUGUAGAUGGCACACAGUGGUUGAGCAAUGAGAAUAGCGGGUCAGUCGAUCCUGAGGAUGGAAAUACCACAGGUGCCACCUUUAUCCAUGAUGGUGACCAGCCUUUGUAUCCUGGAGCCAAACUUUCAAAAGGUGAAAGUCUGACUGCACUUCUGAGCUACAUGCUACGCCACCAUGUGACCAAGGCAGGAUGUCAGGAUUUACUGCAUUUGCUUCAGAUGCUUCUCCCUGAAAAUAGUUUACCCUCUACCAACUACCUGUUCAAUCGAGCUUUUGACAAAACCAGCUGGCAGUUACAUCAUUACUGUCUUAAUCCUGAUUGUGGAGCUUACAUUGGAUAUCUGUGA